CAGCACAUUCCUGCACUCUGCCCAGUCCGCAAGGCCUGCAGACCAGGGGCCCCGAGCCCACCGCUGGCCCCCCUCCCAAGUCCCUGGGGGCUGGGCCUUGCCACGGUGCCAGCAGGUGGCCCUGGGCCGGGGAUGAGGGGCUCCCUACACGGCACACAGCCCUGAGACCUCUGAGGGCCACCUCUCAAGGGUGGCCAGGCCCCCAGUGUCCCACCAGUGCUGCCUCUGCCCCCUGCCCUGCUGGCCCCUGGUCCUGCUGGCCCCCCAGAUGCCCGGCUGAGACACGGCAGUGGCCCCACCUGCCCACAACUCCUCCUGGCCCCUGAGGUUGGCACUGCAGUGGACGACUCCGUGGGCACCCGGAAGCUAACGGACGCGGCAGCCGGCCCGAGCAGCAGCGGCAUGGGCAGUGCCAGCCCAGGCCUGAGCAGCGGGCCCCCCGGCCGCCUCCUGCUGCCCACCGACACUGUGGUGCGGGCAGGCCCAGAGAAGGUGACAGCAGGAGUGGUGGGGCCCGAGAGACGGGACUGGAUCCCUAGCCCACCCACCACACCCGAGCAGGGCCUGUCUGCCUUCUACCUCUCCUACUUUGACAUGCUGUACCCUGAGGACAGCAGCUGGGCGGCCAAGGGCCCUGGGGCCAGCGCUCGGGAAGAGCCACCUGAGGAGCCCGAGCAGUGCCCGAUCAUCGACAGCCAGGCCCCAGGGGGCAGCCUGGACUUGGCGCCAGGCGGGCUGGCCCUGGAGGAGCACUCGCUGGAGCAGGUGCAGUCCAUGGUGGUGGGUGAGGUACUCAAGGAUAUUGAGACGGCCUGCAAGCUGCUCAACAUCACCGCAGACCCCGUGGACUGGAGCCCUGGCAAUGUGCAGAAGUGGCUCCUGUGGACGGAGCACCAGUACCGGCUGCCACCUGUGGGCAGGGCUUUCCAGGAGCUGGGGGGCAAGGAGCUGUGCGCCAUGUCCGAGGAGCAGUUCCGCCAGCGCUCACCCCUGGGCGGAGACGUGCUGCACGCCCACCUGGACAUCUGGAAAUCAGCGGCCUGGAUGAAAGAGAGGACCUUGCCUGGGGCGAUUCACUACUGCGCCUCAACCAGUGAGGAGAGCUGGACCGACAGCGAGGUGGACUCGUCCUGCUCCGGGCAGCCCAUCCACCUGUGGCAGUUCCUCAAGGAGCUGCUGCUCAAGCCCCACAGCUAUGGCCGCUUCAUCCGGUGGCUAAACAAGGAGAAGGGCAUCUUCAAGAUCGAGGACUCGGCCCAGGUGGCCCGACUGUGGGGCAUCCGCAAGAACCGCCCCGCCAUGAACUACGAUAAGCUGAGCCGCUCCAUCCGCCAGUAUUACAAAAAGGGCAUCAUCCGGAAGCCGGACAUCUCCCAGCGCCUUGUCUACCAAUUUGUGCACCCCAUCUGAGGGCCAGGGCCAGGGGAUCCCUGAAAUCUGCUUUUGCCAGGCCUCCCUCCUUCCUGCCCUGCCUCUGCCAGACCCUGAGCUGGGGAGGAGGGCAGUCUGCCAGCAAGCCAGGGUCCAGGGUCCGGGAGGGCCCACUGCUCCCCGGGGUGAAAGUGAGCUCUCUGAGGCUUGGGGGACCCGGGGUGGGGUGCUUCCUCCUCAGGCCAUCUGCUCACCUGCCCAAUCCACUGGGAUAACUGCCCCUAUGGAGGAUGGUGCAGCCAGGGCUGUUCUCAGUAUUCACUGCUCCCCAGGGGAGGACCUCCCUGCACCCCAGCCUCUCAGAUUCUGACCCAGAUUUUCUGGAGCAGAGCCGAAGGCCUAAGGCAUGGUAGUGACUUGGCCAAGACCACUCAGCCUGUUGGUGGCUGAGCCAGGCCUCCUGACUCACAGUCCAGUGCUCUCUCUGCUACAUCCCACUGGCUUCCAUUCUGUACCAUGCCUGGCAUGGUGCUAUGAGAUGGGGAGCCAGGGGUGCCCCCUGAAUGGAUAAUAAAAAUACUA